AUGUCGUUGAUGCUGGAGGUAAGUCUCCUAAGUGGCAAGACUGUGUCACUUCAGGCAGACGAGGACGAACCCAUGGAAUCACUGAAGGUGCGUGCACAGCGAGCCCUGGGAGCUGGCAGAGGUCGACUUUCAAGCUCCACCGGCCUAGUUCUUGAUGGAGCUGCACCGCUGAAGCACGCCAAGCUGCAGAACGGCGAGCAACUAGUGGAAGUGGCGGACCUUGGUGCCGAGGGCUCCUUUCGACAGGUCCGGGGCUGCAGUUACUUGAUGGCUCCGGGCCAAUCCUUUGUCAUGCCAGAGAUGGUCGAGUCUUUCCGUCUCGUGCUGGACAGCCAGAAAGAGGCUUUGGGCUACGAUUGCGGCGGCGACAUGGGGUUCCUUCCCAGCAACACCAUGUCCGACCUCUGCAGAACCGCCCUCUACAGGCUAGAGGUCUCCUGCGAUGCGACCUUCCAAAGCGUCUUACCUGCCGGAUGUGAGAGCCUCUCUCCGCCUUAUGGGUUCACCACGGGCAGUGCCAUGAGAGAUCUCUGCCCGCUGGAAUGCAACGCAGCUGACGUGUCCACGCUGGCGCAAGCUGUGGUCCAGCGACGACAGCGGAAGCAGCAGGAAGAGGCCGCGGCGCGCCAACGCGCCCUGGAGGCCGUGCGACACCAGGCUCGCCAGGAGGCUCGCCGGAAGGACGCCCUCCAAAAGGCGGCGCAGGCAGCAGCAACGGCCAAGGUUGCGCAGGCUCUUGCUGGGAGCCCUGCAGCUGCUCAGGCCCUGGCAGCAGCGCCGGGAGCUGCGGAAGCCUUGGCCUCAGCACCGGGCGCGGCCUCGGCCCUUGCCAGCAGCCCUGCUGCAGCGCAGGCAUUGGCCGAGAAUCCGAGCAUCCUCGGGGCGAUUGCAAACGAGCCUGCCCUUGCGACAGCUUUGGCGAACAACCCGGAGCUUUCGAAGGCAUUGGCAUCCGAUCCAGCUUUGGCCGCGGCUCUGGCAGAGAAUCCUGGCUUGGCCAAGGCCCUCGCCGAGAAUCCCAAUUCUUUGGCAGCCGUAAAAGCCAUGGCGUCGAACCCCGCACUUUCUGCGGCUGCGAAGAACAGCCCUUCCUUGGCAGCGGCCCUAGCGGCAGAUCCCAGCAAACUGGCGGCAGCUGCUGCCAAUUCCGCCGUCUCGCAGGCCCUAGCAGCAGAUCCGGCGCUUGCCGCAGCUUUAGCCAAGAAUCCCGAGGCGGUUGCCGACUUGGCCCAGACGCUGCAGCAGCCAGGGGCUACGGUGGCCGAUGCUCUGCAGAAGAACCCGCAGUUGGCUGCGGCUGUGGAGACUGCGAAGAAGGAGCAGCAGGUUGCAGCACCUGUUGCAGAUGCAGCUGCCCAAGGCUCUGUACCUCCAGCUGCUCUGCCCCCCAGCGCUCUGCCCCCGAGCGCCCUCCCCGCGGGUGCGCCCUCGGCGGCCGCCGCCGCCUCGCCUUUCGCGGCGCCGAUUCCCCUGGUUCCCCGUGUGGUGGAGGCAGCAGCGGACCCGAAGACAGAAGCUCUGCAAGCCAAGGUCGGGGACCUUCAGGCCACAGUGGAGGAGCUUAAGGCCCAGUUGCAGAAGGCCCGCGCCGGAGAGGUUCCUCCCGCUGCGAUUGCCGGAGCUCCUGCGCCGGCGGCGUUCAAGGACCUCCAAGCGAAGUUGCUAGUGGAGAGUGGACUGGGGCAGGCGCCUGCUCCGGCAGCUUUCAAGGACCUCCAGGCAAAGUUGCUCAUGGAGGGCGGACUGGCGCAGGCACCUGCACCUGCACCGGCAUUCCGCGACUUUCAGGCCAGGCUGCUGAUGGAGGGUGGCGUGGCGCAGGCUCCCUCGCCGGCGCCGGCGUGGUAG